GACCAAUCACGCAAUUAGGUAAGCAAUCUCUCCCGAUAUCAACCCCACUAGCUCGAGACUACCAGAUGUAUGUACGAAUGAAGGGAAUCGCAUGCGUCAUUCCCCGUUCAAUUUUUAUUGGGACAGACGAGUGAUGAUUCUAGAAUAGAAUAGUACCGCCAUUAUUAUUUUCCAUUUCGUGCACAUUCAUUGCCAUUCCCAUUCUUAUAGGUUUACUCCCCAUACAUCUCGAUAUUCAUUGGCAUUAAUCAAAUCACAACUACCCUCAUCAUGUCGAGUAGACAAUUGCGAAAGUUACAACAACAGCGCGAGCUGGAGCAACAAGCCAAACUUCAAGCUCAAGAGGAGGAGGAAGCAGAAGAAGAAUCCGAUGAAGAGCCACAGCCUAUACAAUCAAAGCCCAGUUUGUUUGCGAAUUUCGCAGCGUUAGAAAAUUUAGAAGACGAUGACGAAUCUAAGGAUGUCGGGGAAGAAGAACCGACCGAAGAAGAAUUGAGUGAACCUACUCCAAUUGUGACGGCGAAAAAACCCAAAAAAUCAAAAAAGAAGAAGAAGGCAAAGAAUGCUGGCAAAGGAAAAGACUCUGCAAAAACUGCUGAAGCUAAACCGAAGGAUGAUUUGGAUGACAUUGAUCAAGCUUUGAAGGAAUUAAAUUUGAAGAACCCAAAUGCUGCGAAUAUGACAAGUUCAAUCGAAGUGGAUGAAGAAUACGAGAGAGUUUGCUUUCUCCUGGGCAUCAACACGCAGCACCUUAAAGUUGCAAACGAAAUGCGAAGCUUAUUUGGACGAGCUGCCACAGAGUCGAAUGAGGACCCUGGAGGACCUACUGGCCGUGGGGCAAGAAGAAGACAACAUAAUCAGGAAAUGGAUUUAGAGACAGUUUUGAAAGGACGCCAUCAACCUGGCAAAGGACUUCCAGAGCUUACCUUGCGACGUAACCUCUUCAUACAAGGGAAGGAUGAAUGGCCAAAAUCUAGCUCCGGUGGACUAACGAUGGAAGUUGUCGAAAAUCAAGAUGUGGUUGAUGGCACUAUAGAAUACAGAUUUGUACACGAUCAAUCAUACCAAUCUGUGCAAGAAACAUUUCAAGGUCUCGUUGAAAUGGGUGAUCCACAAAAUCUUAUUAGAUACAUUGUGAGAUAUCCGUACAACAUUUCACUCCUUCUCCAAGUCAGCAAGAUCGCAAAAAAUCAGGGCGACCAUUCUCUAGCAUCGGAUCUUGUGGAAAGAGCUCUGUUUACAUUCGGCCGAAUCUCUUUAUCAUCCUUUGGAACUAAAUUGGCCAAAGGUAAGGCUCGAUUAGAUUUCAGUAGGCCAGAGAAUCGAGAGCUUUGGUUAGCCGGAUAUCACUACAUCAAAUCUCUGAUCAUGAAGGGAACUUAUCGAACUGCUUUUGAAUGGGCAAAACUGCUGUUGAGUUUGGAUCCCGAAACUGAUCCAUAUUGCAUGAGAUGGAUGAUACACCAUCUUGCCUUACGUGCACAUGAGUUUCAAUGGCUUUUAGACUUUGCUGCCAGUCAAAAUAUACCUGAGUGGGCAAACACAAUAAAUUACGCCAAACCAUCAUUCGCUCUGGCUGCGCAACAACUUAAGGACGCAGUCAAAUGUAGAAGUCUUUUAUCGGAAUCUAUGCAAAAGGUACCUUGGCUAUUCUGUCGACUAUUCCAAGAAUUAAACCUUGACGCACCUCCAUCGAUUUGGGGUACACAACCACCGACUGAUUCUGAUACUUUCUUCACGCAAUUAUAUGUUCUCCAAACAAAAGAUCUUUGGAAUACUACCGAGUCUACUGCAUUACUUAUGGAAAUCGCACAUACUAUUGAUAAGCCCGAUUUAUCAAAAACCCCCCUGCUAUCGGACGUCAAGGAAUUGAAUCUUGAUGUUGUGAGAUUUGUCUAUUUGGAAAAUCAACCAGAUUUGAUGAGUCUCGUCCCAUCGAAACUUCUUCACCGAAGCAAUAACUCCGAUUCAGAUCCAUUACCACCCUAUUCAAAUACCCUCUCUUAUCCAUCUCAAAGAAGAACUUUAGGGAAUGAGUACGAACCCGUUGAAGAUAGAUUCAAUGAUCCGCUCGCGGCUCUCGCGCGACUCAUGCCAGGGUUUCCAGGAUUGGAAGCAUUCCGAGGUCGUGGAGCAGGGGGCGAUGAUAUCGGUGUUGGCGAUGAAGUUGAGGAUGAAGCAGAAGCACUUGAACGAUUAAGAGAUUUUGCAGAAGGAUUACCGGAAGGAGAACUAGAGGGAAAUGAUGAAGAAGAAUUAGUGCAGCCACGUGGACCAUCACUUUCUGCAGCUUCAAGAAUCUUGCAAUAUCUUGGCUUCUGGAGAUCACCGGAAAAUCUCGAGGGCAAUUCUGAAUCUGAGGAGGAUGGCAAUGAUUCAACGCCGGAUUUGGUAGACCCAGAGGGACAAGAUAGGCACAAUAGACAGCCACGCGUCGAAGAUGUGGAUGACGAUGAAGAAACGCAUGGCUUGGCUUAGAUGAAAUUGUUCAUAUCUGUAUAUUGCAGCUAGAUAGCAAUUUUAGCAAAAAAAAUACGAUCUUCACCGCAGAUCAGAUGUAUGUUACUCGUACCCGUGGUAUCAGUGCGCACAAAUAUUAUACCUGCACUCA